CCGUUUCCUAUCCAGAUUCAAAGACAGUCUGUAAAUAAUCAGCAAAAGGAACAACCACCAUGGCCCUCGUUCUCCAAAGCGCAACCUUCCUCCACCAAUACCUCGGGUCGCUUCUCCACUCGCUCCCGAACAAGUCUGGCACCGCGCUGAAGCUCGGAGUUUUAUCCUCAGCCCAGAUCAAUGCCGCUUCCAUCAUCCAUCCCAUCGAGACACACCCAGACGUUAUCUUAUAUUCAAUAGCCUCACGUGAUGCAUCCACCGCAGCCAAAGCCGCAAAGCAAUACCACUUUGCCAAAUCUAGCGGCUCGUACCAGGAACUACUCGAUGACCCAGAAGUCGAUAUCGUUUUCAUCUCCACACCGAACGGUCUUCACUACGAGUGGGCAUCCAAGGCUAUUCAGGCCGGCAAGCACGUUCUUUGCGAGAAGCCGUUCACUUCGAACGCAUCGGAAGCUCGGGCGCUGAUUGAACAGGCGGAGAAGAAGGGAGUUGUUAUUGAGGAAGCGUUCCACUGGCAAUUCCACCCCGCUGCCCAUGCAUUCCGCCAAAUCCUCGAAUCCGGUCACCAUGGGAAAAUCCUCCGCACGGAAGCUGUCAUGACGGCGAGUCCGGGGGUACCUAAAGGCGAUAUUCGAUGGCAGUAUGACUUGGCUGGUGGCUCGGCCAUGGACAUGACCUACGCGCUUUCUUUCACGCGAUAUGCCCUGCGGGCGCAACGUCCUCAAGCCGUCCAUUCCGUGACGGCCCGUAAAUCGGGUAGUGAUCCCCGCGUCGACGAGGCCAUGUACUCGUACCUCACCUUCGCGGAUCCCAGUGGCCACGAAGUACACAGUCGAAUCUACACGGACAUGGCACGCAAAUGGGUCGGUGGUGUCGUGCCGCGGCUCUGGGAGCUUCCAUCUAUUGAAGUGGAGACGGAAAAAUCCAUCAUCUUCUUCUACAAUGCCAUGAUGCCGCAUUUGUAUCACUAUAUUGCGGUCACGGACAAGACGACCGGAAAGACCCAAUAUCAUCGGCAGUAUAGCGGGGGACCGCUUUGGGGGAAUGUAAUGACGAGUAGGGGCAAGGGAGGCAAUUCGCAUUGGAGUACGUAUCGCUGGCAACUCGAGGCGUUUGUGGAUGCAGUGCGUGGGAAAACUCCGGCGUAUUGGGUCUCGGGAGAAGAGAGUAUCUGGCAGAUGGAGUGCAUUGAUAUGAUGUAUCAGGCUGCUGGGUUGCCGGUGCGGGGGGGAGAUCCUGAGAAGCGGUGAUUUUAUUCCUGAGACUGGGGUUUGAUACUUAAUGCACUCUGAAUUAAUCUUAUCUAUCGAGACAAAUAGUUGAUAUCCCCCAAAGGUAAGCGAUAGAAUGUCGAUCCUAAAGUUAGAGAGGGUCAAGUGGAAACCGGAACUGAG